AUGAAAGGACGAAUCAAUAUCGCAAGCAUAUCAUCAUCUUGCAAGAACACAGAACACCAUUUUAUAUUCAUUGAAACGCAAUACAAUUAUUCUUCUCCACUCAUAACAAUGUUCAAUUGUUUCAACGCCUUGAUUCUUCUGCUGAUGGUACUGUUGUCAUUAUGCGAUCUGUCACCGAUCAAUGACAAUAAUAAUCAACAUCCAAUCCAAAUAACAAAUAAACUUGUCAAUCAAUCCACUACGUCUACUAUUCUUAGUACUCUUGUUACGAACAUGCAAUGGAUGAAAACAUUAAAAAAUCAAACGGAAGUCAGUGGCCAAACUGUCCUUCUUGAAUGUCAAGUGAAAUCUUUAUAUCCGGUAACAUUCACUUGGUAUCGGUACAAUAAUCCACUUGAUAGAAAAUAUUUUACAGUCGAUGAACACUUCUCUCGAUCAAGUAUUCGUCUGAAACAUUUGAAAGAAUCGCAAGCGGGAUUUUAUACGUGCGAAGCAUCGAACGGUUUUCAAACAUUAACAUCCACUGGUUUUGUUCGCGUGCAAAAUCUCGAUAUCGAUCCAAUUGAUUUUCACGAUGAUGUAUUACCAUCAGUUGAAUUUCAACCUGAAAUUGUCUCCCAACAAGAAGAACCCAUCGAUAAAUUAAAAUGUGAACUGUACUCAGGAAACAUUUGUCGAUCGAUUAUAGCGUCAAAAUAUAUUUCAAUAACAAAUCUUGAUCAGAAAGAUAUUGAACAAAAUUUAGCUGAUAAUAUCGAAUUUCUGUCCGAUGAAUGUCGACAGUUUCUAUUACCAAUGGUUUGUUUAUUUGUCUAUCCUCUUUGCGAUAUUAAUCAGGGAAAUAUUCGAUCUAUUUGUCGCAAAUCUUGUUAUCGCUUCCAGAAGAAUUCUUGUAUGUUACGGUCUUCUAAUCAAGGCGAACAUCUUUAUUCCAGUUUUCAAGUGUCGCACAAUAUACCAACGUGUGAAAAUCUACCACCGUCAAGCGAUGAUGCAUCGUGCGUUCAAAUAGAUGAAUAUCGAAAUGUUUCAAUACCAUCGAAAAAUUCUUCGAUUAUUCGAAAUUUACUGUUAUCAGAGUCUCCGAUCAUCGUCUUUCUAACUGUCUUCUUACCUGCUAUUUUCAUCGGGUUACUGUUUCUCAUCUUCUACUAUCGCUGCUGUCAUAAACGAAGUCACGAUAGUCAUUCCUCAUCGUAUUCGACAACUAUAACACCGAUUAAAAAAACUUGUCAUUUGCUAAAUCCGAUCCCAUCGUCGGUAUUUCAUUCUUCGAUUAAUAUCAUCCCAAAUCAUCACCAUAAUAUUACUUCAUCAUCCUCGUCAUCAACAAAUACAAAUCUGACAAAUCUGCACUAUCGUCAAGCAUUACUUAAACCUGACGUUCACACUCGACAAACACGUCUUCCUUCCGGCGAUAAUUCACUUUGUGAAAUUUCACCGACUAACAUCCGUUUCGUACAAGAAAUCGGCGAAGGUGAAUUUGGACAAAUCUUUAUUGGCGAGUUUGUCAAUAGUACGGACAAAUGUAUUAUUAAAACACUACAAAACGAAAGUAUCAAACAAGAUUAUCUACGUGAAAUCGAAAUUUUUCAUCAUAUUCAUCAUGUCAAUAUUUCUUGCUUGAUUGGAUUGUGUGUCCAACCAGAUGAUUCGUUUCCGUUAAUGAUAUAUGAAUAUUUAAAUAACGGAGAUUUACAUGAAUACCUACUUUUACAACAUUCGAAAACAUUUGAUCUAACAGAUAUUCUUUACAUAGCGUUACAAAUCGUCUCAGGAAUGAUAUAUCUAACCGAAAAGAAACUUUUACACAAUGAUUUAUCAACCAAGAAUAUUCUCAUUUCUGAACAUAUGGAUAUUAAAAUAACGAACAUUGCACGCUAUCGUCGAAAAUAUCAACUGGAUUAUUACAAAAUAGCCAAUCGUUUAUUACCAGUCAGAUGGAUGUCCAUUGAAUCAUUGUUAUCAGGUAUUUAUACCGAAAUGUCCGAUGUCUGGUCAUUUGGUGUUUUACUAUGGGAAAUGUUUUCCUAUGGUAUGCAACCAUUCUACGGACAAACAAAUCCUGAAGUUAUCGAAAUGAUACGCGACAGAAAACUAUUACCAUGUCCAAACAACUGUCCAAAGAGGAUCUAUGCAUUGAUGUGUUCUUGUUGGGAAGAGAUCAUCGAACAACGACCAACAUUUAUCGAACUGAUGCGACGAUUACGACAGUUAGAAGAGAAAUCGACGACGACGUCAUCGAUCGAUGAUGAAUUGAUUUCCGUUAAUCAAACUGAAGAAUCAGCUUCAAUGACCAAACAAGUGACAUUAAUGCCUCCUAGCGAACGGACUGCUACACAUUUGAUGCUGGUCGAUAGAAAUAGUAUUCGUCCAGAAGCAUAA